UGAUAAUUAAACACUUGUAUAGGAGAAAGUUUUUACAGUUUUUCCGCGUUAGACCGCUCAGAAGUUUUCGAAAUGGCGCACGCCAAGGAUGGAGGCGGUCUUGGUCUGGAUCUUGAAACUCUGAUCGACCGAUAUAAGGUGAACCUGCUCCAACUGAUUUUCGGCACCUUCAUCGCCACGAUCGCCUUCUUCGGAGGAUUAAUGACCUUUGUGGAGCGCUAUCUGCCCAAUAGCAUACGUCAGGCAUUCCGUUAUGGCAAGCACAGCUUCAAGGGUGAACUGGAUCCGUUCAUAGCCCAUCUGGAGGUGCCCAAGUCAUGGUUCAGGCACUUUUACAUCUUUGCCGUGUUCUGGAGUUGGCUGGCCUUUUACAUCAUUACAUCGACCAUCCAGUCGGGAAAGGAGGCGCCGGAGUAUGUCAUGCGGUUUCUGGACUUCAUGGCCGGCGGUCGGAGUCACCGGAAAGUAGAGACUGAUUCCACCACGGCCCUGGUGGGCACUAUCAUGCUGACUCUGCAGUGCACCCGGCGUUUUUACGAGACCAACUUUGUGCAGAUCUUCUCGAAGCAGAGCAAGAUUAACCUAUCCCACUAUGUAGUUGGUUAUGCCCACUACUUCGGCACCGUUAUUGCCCUGAUGUCGAACACCGCCGGCUUUGUGCGCGGCUCUCAGCCUAUAGAGUUCACCAUCGACAACUUGACUGGCCAGCAAAUACUCUACCUCAUCGUCUUCGGUCUGGCCUGGCAGCAGCAAUACUCCAGCAACAUGAUACUCGUUAAUCUGCGAACGGAUCCACGGACUGGCCGGGUGAAAACCGAGAAGCAUCUGGUGCCAAAGGGCGGCCUCUUCAAUGUCAUAUCAUCGCCGCACAUGUCCCUCGAGAUUGUUAUGUACUUCUGCAUCGCUGAUCUUUUCAUGCCGGUGCGCAUUUGGCGGCUCAUCUUUCUGUGGGUGGCCAGCAACCAGACCAUCAAUGCUCUGCUCACCCAUCGCUGGUACCAGGAGACAUUCCGAGAUUAUCCCAGAAAUAGACGGGCCAUCAUUCCGUUCCUGCUCUGAUUCGUUGGGAGACUGGACACAAAAGCAUUUACGCAUUUUUAUACAAAUAAUUUAGUAGUGGAAUUUAUUAAAGAGAAGUUUUACACGCACAAAAAAAA